AAUUUACCGGAUCUUCGUUGUCAUCCCAAGGCCCCGCCGGCUUAUAGACGCGAAAAGAGCUCUGGGGAUGAGAAUAUGGCAUACAGUUGACUUUACUGUGACUUUGUGUACAUAUUAUUGUGAAUCCUGACCGAGUUUUUCGUUACACCUGAGAGUGUCCGACAAUGUCCCCGUACACACCGAAUCAGGAAGAAAAGGAACGAUUUAUGAGUCGAGCAAUCGAACUCAUUAACGAAGGACCAUCCAAAGGACAUGGCGGACCGUACGGAGCAAUCAUUGUAAAAGAUGGCAAGAUAAUUGGAGAAGGCUACAACAGGGAAACCAUAGACUGUGAUCCAACUGGACAUGGAGAAGUGACUGCCAUCAGACAAGCUUGUAAGAGUAUUCAAUCCUGUGAUCUAAGUGGCUGUGAGAUCUACACCAGCUGCGAGCCUUGUUCUAUGUGUACAUCAGCUAUGUGGCUUUGUAGGUUAGACCGUGUCUACUAUGGUAACCGUCUCAAUGACACAAAGCAUAUUUUGGACUUGGCGCCUCUUUUUCAACAUGUUGCCACUCCUAUUGAUCAACGGUCUACUACAGUGGAGCAGAUCAAGGGCAAGGAGGCCUAUGACGUCAUUACAAAGUGGGCCAAUGAUCCAAACCUGAAUGAGUAUUUGAUAGCAAAGCUAAAAUCAGAAACCAAGAGUUAACUAAGUGUAGUUGAAAUCAGCAAGUCACGCAAGUCAAAAUUCCCCAUCACAGACAGUCUCGAUCUUAGCUGACCACCCCCAUAAAAUGCUUCAUUCUCUCGUCCCCCUUUCUCUCUUGUCAAAGCAAAUCAGUCAAUUGGUUUAAAAAGAUCCUAGAGUAAGAGUGGGCAUAAGCAAUAUUGGCAAAUGAACAAAUAAAUGGUUCUUAGCAAGCCUUAAUCAUAUCCACGCUGUCUUUUUGAUUUUUCAUAAAGCCAUUAUCAAUCUACAUGGAAGAGUCACGAGGGCUGAAUUGGCUGAUUUAGAUUAAUUAUGACAUAGUCACGAAGGGUAUUAGACUCGGGAACAACUAAAAAAUGGUUGCAGCUUAUGAACAAAAACUGUUUUUUUUUGUUUUUUUUUUUCACUUUUCUAAAAGAACUGCGUCGGUAAACGUGAGAAAUGAAGCAUUUGAUGGGGGAUGUCCUUUGCGUGGUCAGGUCAAACUGGUUGAGCCUUGUAAGAAAAUCUGCAUGAACAAAUAUGAAUAACAGAUGUUGUGAUUGACCAUUUAGAUAUCUCCAACAAAGAAGAUGUAGGGGUGGGGGGAGCAUGGUGGGAGCAUAUAGAUUUAAGUUACUAGUUUUGAGUGAAAUAAACUGACAGUUUAAUUUG